GGGACGUUAACGGUUAAGCUGUUUUAUUGUAAUUUAAAUUAAUUAAAAACACGGUGAAAAAACGAAGAAUUCUUAAAGCAGCAUUUUAUUUGAAUGGCAGACAACUGCUAUGCCGGCCAAACUCGGUCGUUUUCGAGGGCGCUGUCUUAUAUACUGCUCCUAACGCUAAUGAGCUGGGACACCGACUUGGCUGGGAUUCGAACCGGUUCUUUAUUGGUUUCGGCGGCAAAGAAACGAGUUUAUACGAACGACUUUCUGGUCACAAUCAAAUCAGCUGAACCAAGUUCGAACCAUGACCAUGCAGACUGGUUAGCAGCAAGACAUGGGUUUGAAAACCGAGGCAUGGUCGUCGGGGACGAAGGACUUUACCAUUUCAGACACCGAACCUUGGACUCGGCUUCGGAAAGCCCGAGUCUUCGGUACAUAUGGAACUUACGCCUAUCUCCAAAGGUACAAAAAGUGCGACAGUUGGAGGGAUAUGGAAGACUUAAACGUGGUCACAAUAAAGUUAAAGUUGGUGCCUAUCAAGGGCUUGACCCGUUAUACCCCUACCAAUGGUAUAUUAAUAACACUGCACAAGCCGGUGGAAAACCCGGUUUAGAUUUAAACGUACAAGCUGCAUGGAACAUGGGGUACACGGGCAAGGGGGUGACUGUUGCUAUAAUGGACGAUGGGUUAGACUAUUUGCACCCGGACUUGCGAGACAACUAUAGCCCAGAGGCCAGCUACGACUUUAGCAGCAAUGAUCCUUACCCUUACCCAAGAUACACAUUUAAUUGGUUCAACAGCCAUGGAACACGAUGUGCAGGUGAAGUCUCCAGCGUAGCAGACAACGGUAUAUGCGGGGUAGGGGUCGCAUAUGAUUCGAAGAUAGCUGGAAUACGUAUGUUGGACCAGCCGUUUAUGACAGACGUGAUUGAAGCGGCGUCGAUGUCUUUUAAACCGAACUUGAUCGAUAUUUAUAGCGCAUCAUGGGGACCAACUGAUGAUGGAAAAACAGUGGACGGGCCGAGGCAACUAACGCUAAGAGCAAUCGUUAAUGGAGUUAAUAAGGGUCGCAAUGGGUUGGGAUCAAUAUACGUGUGGGCUUCGGGCGACGGUGGAGCGGACGAUGAUUGUAACUGUGACGGAUACGCAGCUUCAAUGUGGACGAUAUCAGUUAAUUCAGCGAUAAAUGACGGAGAAACUGCUCUUUAUGAUGAAAGUUGUUCUUCUACAUUAGCCUCUACUUUCAGUAAUGGUAGAGGACAACGUGCGGGUUCGGGCGUGGCCACCACCGAUUUGUAUGGUCAAUGUACUUUACGUCACUCGGGUACGUCAGCUGCUGCUCCAGAGGCGGCAGGUGUGUUUGCUCUUGCGUUGGAUGCAAACAAGAAUCUCACCUGGAGGGAUGUGCAGCAUCUUACUGUGCUUACUUCGACGCCUAACUUGCUCCACGACGACCUCCACCGGUGGCAAAGUAACGGGGUUGGUUUGAUGUUUAAUCAUCUGUUCGGGUUCGGGGUUUUAAAUGCACAGAAAAUGGUAAAAAUGGCGAAAACUUGGACGACAGUUCCACCCCGGUUCAGAUGCGAAGCUGGUGUCGUUGAGCAGAUGUUUGACAUUCCGUCAGAUGGCGUGCUUGAGCUCACUAUUGACACUGAUGCUUGUGACGGUGGAAAUAACCAUGUUCGAUACCUUGAGCAUGUUCAGGCGUUUCUGACCAUUGCAAGUUCUCGCCGUGGAGACUUGACCAUAAAUAUGACGUCUCCGUUUGGCACUGAUUCCAUAUUAUUGAAUCGACGACCAAACGACGACGACAGCUCACAAGGGUUUAGAAAGUGGCCGUUCAUGACCACACAUACAUGGGGAGAGGACCCAAGAGGAACUUGGAAAUUACGAGUAGCUUUGAACGGAGAAUUUCCACAAACAGGUCGUUUGUUACGUUGGGGUUUGCUUCUCCACGGUACCCAGCAAGCGCCUUACAUAGACGAGAUUUUGGAUGGACAUAACUCAAAGCUGGCUGUGUCAAAAAAGCUGGAAUUCGCUGAAGGGAUACUUCAUGACUUGGAGGACAGUGGUUCCCAGCAUCCGUGACCGCAGUAACAUGUAGCCUAACUCUAGAAAAGCGUAUCAGCCAAUCAAAAGUGACCGUUUAAUUUUACCCUUUUCCCCACUGUUCUUUCAAUGUAUAGUUAUUAGACUAUUACUCUUAUCAUUUAUAGAUUUGUUAACUCUUAUUUUACUUCUCACAUUAAAACGUUGUAGAAGCAAUUUCUCAUAAUUUAAAGGUAUAGUAGGGUGAAGUAACGGGACCUCUGGCAAAGGCAGGACGUUUUUAAAUCUUCUUUUACGGGUACCCAUUUACUCAUAGAAAAAACAACAAAUUUUACUGUAAGUAUUAAAAUUCGGUGUUGAACGAGUACAACACAAAAACCGCCAUACAUUUUUAGUUUUGAAAUUUGAACUACAUACUUAAGGGUCCCGUCUUCCCUCACACUAAUUUUGAAUAUAUCCGUUUAAUGAUUUACAUUCAACGUGUUUGCUUCAUCGUGUUUGUUCUUUAUAUUUUAAACGUAGGAGUGCGUUACCUAGUUGUUAUAAGUGUAAGUGUUGUAAUACUGAGAAAACGUUUUAAUCACUUUUUGUUAAUCCUUCAUUUUGUGGUUCACCUUUCGUACAGAUCC